UGCUAAAAAGAAGUUAAAUAUAAGCUGGUCAAAAAUAAUAAUAAUAAUUCUGUAAUUAUAUAAAUAAAUCUAAUAAUAUUGAUUUUCAAAACCCUCAGAAAAUAUAUUUUUUUAUUUAACGAUUGGCAAAGGGUGGUGAAACUGUCAUAUAUUUGCUCGCCUAACCCUGACCAGUUAGAUGUUAACUAAGGGUUAGACAUGAAGAAAUAAGGAUCAGACUCAGAUCAAAUCCAGAUUAAUUCAACUGUCCCAUCAGGGGAUAUCAGUUUUGCAGCAGGAGCACACAGAAAGGCAACAUACACAUGUACAAGAUCGACAAUUCAUAAUCACAUUAAACAGACUUCAGAACACAAUAAAUAAAAACACUACAAAAAAUGUUUGAAAAAGUUACUGUGCAGUUUUACCACUAGAGGGCGAUAGGAGUCAGGUUUAUUGGACUAUUGCUUGAAGAAAUAUCCAGCACAUUUUUGAUUUGACAAACAAACUGUGAUAUUUUUUUUAUAAUCUAAUGACUUUCAUUAGACUUUCAGUUUAAAAGUCUGAUUUAUUUUUUCAUGUACUUCAUAAAGCGGGGCUCUAAUAUCAAAAUGAAUAUCAGUCUACAAGCAUUUUUUUUUUUUUAAAUCAGAAACAUGGCGAUUAAAAUAACAGUUACUUUGGAUUCAAAAGAUGUAGGCUAACGUUAACAUAAAAUCACCAAAAUGAUAAUUCGCUUUCAUUAUGUGUAUUUUAUUUCCUUUUGCAGGCCUAAUGACACAAGUAUUAAUGCAUUUGUGAUCGAAAAAUACAUGACAUGAAAUCAUUAAUGUCGGUACUAUAAUAAUAAAAAGGCCAUAAGUGAUAAGCAUGGUGUUCAUUUUUAUCAUGAGCAAAAGCUGUGUAAUGAACUCCUCUCCUACCAGGUGUCUUGGAUACUUUGAGCGGCAGGUGCUUCUUCUUUUUCAUUGGGUAACGUCAGCGUGACGUCACACCUCCAUCAGCGUGAGCGGUGCUGAAGCGGCAGCAGGAGGGGGGGGUGACUGGUGCGUCUGUCCGGACCUCAGUGUCGGACCGGUGUCAUGUUAUCGUAUGCUAUAGUUAAGAAAUCUCGGGAUUUGACAUUUAUUUCACCGCAGAUAUUCAGGUAUCACAGCCGAACAUGUUCUUAUGAAUGCAUCCUUUGCGUCAAAGCAAGACGCUCCUGCAUGAUUUAUUUGAGAAAUUCUGUUUGAUUGCAAGAUUUUGGACCUAAGCACGUACUUUCAUCAGAGCCACCUGGAGGAAGCGAAUGGAUAUCACCUUUGACUGACGAUUGCUUUCAAAAUUUAAUUUAAAAAAACAUGGAGACCCUGUCCAUGGUCCAUCCUCAUCCAGCAGCAUGAUUGGAACAUCCAGUCUGUCAGGGGACACCCUGAUUGCCUGCCACUUCCCUGUGGUCCAGCUUCCCACUUGGCAACUCCCUGUCCAGGCUCUUUGCAGCUCUUCCAAGAGGCCCGGCCGGCUGUGCUCAGCGGGCCUGACCCGAGCCAUAUCCCUCCCCGAACGAGACUCUCUGAACAGAGAACACACCUUCACCGGUGGCCGGAAACAUUUUUCCAGCAGCUACAGUAGCCUCAAUGAGGAGCGAGUGGAGGAGGAGGGGGGCAGCGACAGCAGCGGGAAGUAUGACUCAACCUCGUCACCGGAGGAAAUGAGUUCCCUCCUGAAACUGGAAAAGUCUGGAGCAAAAGGCAGUCUGAGGCUACACAACUCAUUCCUACCAAACUCAGAGCUAGACGAGGAAGAGGAAGAUGAAGAUAGCGAUGGAGGGAAUCUUCACAAAUAUCAUGAGGACUCGUCUUUUGUGCUGCAUGGAAACUCAAACUGGCCUCAGAGUAUUGGCGGCAGGAAUUAUAAUAUGUCACAUGGAGACAUGGAGAAUGACUGGGGAAAUGAAGGGACCGUUUUGGAGUGCUUUCAUGUUGGCAGACCUGGCAACAGGGCUUUUGGAGAGAAAGAUUCAGACACAUCGAAGGAUCAUGUUUCUUGUUGCAUCCACAGCCAGCCCAAAUCUCCCCAAGAGCUGUUCACAAACGGUCAGACAGAGUGCGUAAGUGACUGUUCCUGUAACAGCUCCGAUGGUGUCCUAGUGAACUUCUGUACCAUGUACAACCGAAGCAACAACCCUGCCACGCCCCAUGACCUCAGCAGUCCAGCUCUACCCCCCUCCCAGUCAGCUGAGGGAUCUGUGUUCCUCAACCUGCAACCGGUUACUAAGACUCCAGCUGAGGACCUCCAACCACAUGACACAUUAGUUAACUCUCCUCCAAAAGGAAAGGACAAGUUAGAACCGAGUGCCUGGUCUCCUCAGGUACUCGACUCUAACUGCAAUUUGUACUCCUUGGAGCCCCUUCCCCCUGGUCUCUCCUCAUUGGAGAUAUCAGACCUGACCGCCUGUCUCCAAAGCCAGGCCACACUGGCAAUGGGGACCAACCAGAAGUACUACAAGCUUGUGAGUUGUGACCUUUCAUCCCAGUCGCCCAGCCCGGCCUGGACCAGCCUCAUCAGCUGCCCUGAGGGUCAGAGCUCUCAGAGCAGAAGCAGCCCUGCCCCUCCCUCUGAGACAUACUGUGUCGAUCAUAAGAAAGAAGGGCAACACAAAGAAAACAAAAAGGAAAGAGAGGGCAAACAAAAUGAAAAGAUGCUCUCCUCUGCAGAGAGCAGCUCCUCGCAGUUCCCGGCCUAUGAUUACCAAGAAGCCAGCACAUCCACUAAACAAGCACUCUGCACGAAGAGACACACAGACGGCAUCCAAAAUGUCUCCUACGCAACCUCUUCAAUGUGCCCCAGCAAGUGUAGCCCACACAGCUGUACAUGCCAAUGUACCAGCUCUGCAUCCACACUACCAUCUGUGGUUCUGGACCAGGAGCACUGUGAUACUGAUGCUGCUAUAAAGGGAGCAUGUUCAAUUGAAAAUGCAGUUGUUCGAUACAGUAAAGCCCAAAGACCGACCUCCCUGCCCAUCCAGCCUUUUGUUCUGGUCCCAGCAGACAAACCCCAGACCCAGCACUUGGGCUGCCUUCUGGACCAGUACAUAAACCAGAAAUCCAGCAAGACCAGUAGCAACCAAUCAAGUUCGGGGUUUAAGUUCAGGGGCAAAAGGAGUCAAUGCUUCACAAACCUUCAGCUGUCACCAAUGGGCAGCGCCUGCCCUGUCUUCCUGGAGGCUCCUUCCAGCUCAGAUACCUGCUCCACCUGCACGCCAAGUCCAGAGUGCUUCAUCCGCAGACACACAUGGAGCCAGUCCAGCAGAAGCCAAGGAUGCCAAAGUCCAUGUACAUCCAAAAGCAGCCUGGAGACAACUUGCACGAGCACAAAGUCUGACCUGGUUCAAGUGCAAGAAAAAACAAGCCCAAACUCUGGCAAAACUCAGGCUAAUACUUUUCCAAAUGUGACCCCAACCCAAACCAUUCUUGCUAAAGUCCCCACCUACCAAGAUCUUAUUAAACUUAUUCCAAAACAGAACCAUGUCAACACUGAGGCCAAAAGUCCCAGUCAGUCCCAGACUUCAUACAAUUCAGUGUUCUCUGAUACACCACCCACUUUAACCCUAACAACUGACAAUCCUCACACGAACCUCCAGGUGUUCCUGUCUCCUCCCACAACCACGCAACCAGAAAAGAAGGCAGCACCUCUUGCGGAUUCUGGCUUUUUUCACAGUAGUUUUACGGCUGCCCUCUCCUCAGUCGCUCCUCUCUCCUCUUUGAGUACUCUGCUCUCCUUGGCUGCGUCAGGGUUGCAUCUACAACAAAAUCCAGAUUCUGCCAAGCUCAGUGGGAAGCCGAGUCAGAGUCAACACGGUGAAUCCCUCAUUCUGAGUGACAAGCCGCCUGCUGAGUUCUGCCUUUCGCCCGAUGCGUCUUACGAGUCCAUGUCUAUCAGCCAUCUGCAGAGGAGAGGUUUGCUGAGAGCUGUGAGCAGAGCUGUGGAUUUGAUCAUGGCUCAUUUUGGCAGCAGCAGAGACCCUGAAGAAAAGAUGCGUCUGGGUAACAGCUCUCGCAGUCCCACAAUCGCCGGGCUGGUCCUGGAACAUUUGUGUCCAACAAUCCAGAAUAUUUUAGAGGACGGUCUCAGGGAUCACAAACUGGAUGUCAUCAUCGGGCAACGACGCAACCACUCCUGGGGUGUAGUGGAAGUCUCAACUAGGCUCGGUCCAUCCACCAGGGUCCUUCACAGCCUGGUUUCCAAAAUCAGGCAAUGUCCACAGCUUAGCAGCCCCUGCAUGAGGUUGAGAGCUUUCAUUAUGGGCCUACUGAAUUUAAGAGCGUUGGAAUUCUGGCUCAGCCACCUUCAGGGUCAAAAAGAUGUAGUGACAACAUAUUACCAUUCCUGGGGCUUCCUGUCCAUGUCUCUUCAUCGGUGUCGGCCCUUGUUUGAGGAGCUGCUUCUUUUGCUGCAGCCGCUCUCUGUACUGCCUUUUGACCUCAACUUGCUUCUGGAGCCCCGACUGCUACGUAACAGACAGCUAUGUCCGGAUGAGCCGGGUGUUUCUCCACCUCAGCCAUGCUCAGCUCUCUUGGUGACCAGCUGGCCACUACUGCAAGCUGACAGACAGGUGGAGAUCAACCGCAGUGUUCAGCAAACUAACAUUUCACAUAAGUCCGAUCUGCAUCAACAACAGCAGUAUCUCACUUCUCAGAGUCUGAGUUUCUAUAAGCAGGAUGGAGGAGCGGUUCAGGCUAGCAGGAGUCCAUUGUUAGCUCCCAUCCCAGAGUGGUGGCCAAAAGAGGCGGAUCUAAUGGAGGGUGUAGCAGAAGGAGAGGACUGUAGCCAGAAUAAUGCAGACAAUUGGUCUCAAAUAAGUAUGGACAGCAGGCAAGAAGAGAGGAGGGGAGAGAAAGACAAUGAGACACCAAAUGCAUCAGCUGCUGUCCAUGCUGAGAGUCCAUGUCAGGGUGGGCUGCGCUGGGCCAACCUGUUUGGAGCUGCUGAUACUUCAACUCGAGCAGAAACCGUUUUUCAGAGUCAGGUUGGAGCUCAAACCAGAAGGUGCAAGCGGCCAUCACAGUGGCUGCGCUUGGACAGGUCGCAGCUUGGACUCUUGGCUCAGUCCAUCAGGUCAUUGAAGUUAGGAGGAGCUCAGUCUGACAAAUAGCUUGACAGCUAAACAAAAUAAAACCAGCUGUGAGCCUGCCUUUUUUACUGUACUAACAAAAAGUCCUAAAUGCAUGAAAAUACAUACACAGUAUUCAUUCACACUGCUGAACUGACCAGAAAGCACAUAAUAUACUGGAUCAACAGCUGUGUCAAUGGCCCAUAUUCAUCAAGCUGGGCACUGCACACGCUGUUUUGGAAAUUCAUCAAUAAUCUUUUUUUUUUUUUUUUGUCUUUUCAUGCAUUCUUUCAUUUCACAAUCAUUUUGAUGGACUUCUUUGCCUUUAUUUUGAAAGGGAUUUGAACCCUGGCUGCUGUACAUGCUCUAUUAGCUAAGAGUCCUUGGUGCCAAUGUAUGACCUUUUGAUAAUCUCAGUAGCAAUCAGCCAUUCGUUUGCACCAUUAACUUUGAGGGAAUGAAUGACUCUACAGUCUCUGUAGCAUCACUGCUAAUGUAAUUUUAUGGUUCAAUCAAAUUAUUACAUUUACAGUCCUAUGAAAUUGUUUUUAUCAAUUUGUUUUAUUUAUUUGCAAACAAGAGGAAAUGUUUUUUAAGGUUCUUGUGUAUUUUGGUAAAAUUCGAAAAGUUCAGACUUCUAAUCUGACAGAAGCUCCUGUCAGACAAGUUACUUUAACAUGUCUAUGUUAUAACUGGGCUAAGUUUGUACAUUAGAACAGCUGCUGACACCUACCGGUACUCCGGGUUUGUCUGACUCCUGAUCUUAAAAUAUCAUCUGGUGGCCGUUUUCUCGUUCUACAUUUUUUAUUUGCUCUCAAUUUAGUUGUGAGAUCAAGCUUUAUGACUGCGCUCUGAAGAGUUAUCAAUUCCACUUUUCCAGAAAUGAACUUGAUGAAUUAGAGCCCAUUUCCCUUAUUUGUAAUUGCACUUUAGAAUAACCGAAAGAAAGGUGCUUUUGUUACCCUGUUUCUCUCCUUUGUAUUUCCUGGAGGUGAAUAUCAAUCAUAAAAUGUGACCUGCUGUUGACUGUUGGACAUACUUGUGGUGCAAAAACUUUUCAUAUCUCAUAUUAAUACUGUACCUGCGUAGCUAUAUCUUUCAUGUUGGGACUGAAUCAAAAAAAGGCAAUACACGUUUACUAGUGCCAAACAUUCUGCACACCAGCCUUGUGUACUGUCAGUGAUGUCAGACUUCUUGAGCAGAUUUGCAGCAUGUGGAUGCAUGAGUUAACACACAUACUGUAGUGCUUCCCAGGUCUUGUGACUUUCUGUGAAUGUUUGUAAAGCUGUAGUUAGGUUUGGGAUUUCUCUUGCUCUGAAACAAAUGUUAAAUUGUGUGUUAAGUGUAUUUGUUAAACUCAGCAGGAUGUCUUCCAGUGGAGUCUUUGCUGUGCACAAAAAGAAGCCCUCUGGUGGCUGUUUCAGGUAUUUCAAUGUGUGUAAGAUAUAUUUUGAUAGACUGCCUGGUGUAUAAACGAGAAGGGAAAAGAGCCAAAAAAAAAAAAAAUGUUCUCUGCAUUUGUUAAAAAGAGAAUUUCAAUGUUCUGCAAUAAUGUGAAGCCUGUGAAAUGAUUCCACCCAGCGUCAUUUUCUCAACCUCUGGACCCUUCCUCUAAUGCCCGGUGACAAUCAGAGUCUUUAAAUAAAGACUGAACAUAUUCA